AAAAACUUUAACCCCUAAGUAAGGCUGGAGGGUGUGGGGCUCCAACCACACCCUAUAGCCCAAGUAUACAUACACAAAUAUAUAUAGUGACUUCUUUAGUUACCAUCUACACAACACAAAUAAAAAUGAGGACAAUCAUAGAUUUGGGAAGUGAAAGAGGACCUAUGGGAAUGCAUAUGAUUACCACCGCAACCACCGCAACCACCGUUGACUGCGGCAGCAGGGAGGUUGGACUGCGGCGCUCUCUACGCUCCAUGCUUGACUGCAUUGUCCCGGCUUGUUGUGCUGCCGGUUUUGAACCUCAGCCCGCUAAAUUUUCUCCACAUUCUUCUUCUUCCUCCUCGGCUUACUCAAGCGAUACAGAUUCACCAUCAUCAUCCCCAUCCACUAAUCGUUCAUUGCCAUCCUCUACCACCACAGUAAAAGGUACAUUCUUCGGGCAAAGAAACGGACGAGUCAGUUUCUGCCUGCAGGACGACAACCACCAUCGACGUACACCAUCACGAAGAACAACCACCACCACCACCUUAUCAUCAUCAUUAUCACACCCUCUUCUACUUUUGGAAUUCGCUGUCCCCACAUCUUAUUUAGCCAAAGAGAUGCAGCACGGUCUCCUCCGCAUUGCUCUCGUGGAGGAGGCCAGUGCUCACCACCAGAAGCCGCGUAUAAACGGUGAUGGUGGUGGGAUAUUUGAAGUAUCUGUCUGGACUAUGUACUGUGAUGGUCGGAAAGUUGGUUAUGCGACUAGACGUAAGAUGACAUCUGCUGACUCGGCUACCCUUACCCGUAUGCAAUCUGUUUCUGCAGGGGCAGGGGUUUUGCCACCAGAAAAUGGUCAUGGAAUCGAUGGUAUCAUGUACUUACGAGCCAGUUUUCGGCGGAUUAUCGGUUCAACAAACUCAGAGUCAUUUCACAUGAUAAACCCUGAUCAUGUUGGACCACCAUCUUCGAAUAAUCGUAGUUCUGGGCAAGAGCUUAGUAUAUUUCUUCUCAGAUCAUCAUCUAGUUGAAAAACAUUUCUUUAUCAUAAUAAUAUUAUGAUAAUAUCAUCUGUAUGUAUAUAUGUAUGCAUGUGUGUGUCUGUAUAUCCCCGAGUUAGAGAUUUACUGUAAAUAUGUAUUUGAUCCUUUUGUAAUAACUUGUAAGGGGCAUAACAAAAUUCCAUUUUUUCGGUUUGUAUUC